AUGGCAUUGCCUACGAUGGCUGCGAUUGCCAAGCGCAUGACUGGCGCCGCAAAUGACUCCAAGUUCUUUAGCACGACGAAAAAAGGUGAGACUCAUGAGUUGCGUCAAGAAUUAGCCAAUCCAAGUCGUGAAAAGAAGAAAGAUGCUGUAAAGAAAGUGAUUGCAAAUAUGACAGUAGGAAAAGACGUUUCGAUGCUGUUUACAGACGUUGUAAACUGUAUUCAAACGGCUGAUACACAGCUGAAAAAACUCGUGUAUUUGUACUUGAUUAACUAUGCAAAGAGUAAUCCAGACCUCACGAUAUUGGCCGUGAAUACGUUUGUUAAAGACGCAGCAGAUUCCAAUCCACUUAUUCGAGCGCUAUCGGUCCGUACCAUGGGCUGCAUUCGUGUGGACCGCAUUACAGAGUAUCUGUGUGAGCCUCUACGUCGUUGCUUGAAAGAUGAAGACCCGUACGUACGGAAGACGGCGGCCAUCUGUGUUUCCAAGCUCUAUGAUAUCAAUCCGGAUAUGGUAGAGGUACAAGGGUUUCUCGAUAUGUUACGAGACCUUAUUUCGGACUCAAAUCCAACGGUAGUGGCCAAUGCCAUUGCAGCUUUGUCCGAAAUCUCAGAGAACAGUGCAGGAGUAACGGCUUUCAAGAUUACCAAGUCCGUGUUGCAAAAACUAUUGGCGGCACUCAAUGAGUGCAAUGAGUGGGGACAGGUCUUUGUGCUCGAUGCUUUGGCAGGAUAUAUGCCCGCGGACUCUCGCGAGGCAGAAGGGAUUAUUGAACGGGUGACGCCACGUCUCCAGCACGCUAACUCGGCCGUUGUGCUUUCGGCAGUCAAGGUCAUUAUGACAUUCCUCGAGAAAGUCUCGGACGCUGAUACGGAACGCAGUCUGUCGCGUAAGAUGGCCCCUCCGCUCGUGACGCUGCUGUCGGCUGAGCCUGAGAUCCAGUACGUGGCUCUGCGUAAUAUCAACCUGAUUGUGCAGAAACGUCCAGCAAUCUUAGCGAACGAGAUUAAGGUGUUCUUCUGCAAGUAUAACGAUCCGAUCUAUGUCAAAAUGGAGAAGCUGGAAAUUAUCAUCCGUCUUGUCUCGGAGCGCAAUAUUGAACAGGUGCUGCUUGAGUUCAAGGAAUACGCCACUGAGGUGGAUGUGGAAUUUGUGCGCCGUUCGGUACGUGCGAUUGGUCGAUGUGCUGUUAAGCUUGAACGUGCUGCGGAGAAGUGCAUCAAUGUGCUGCUGGAGCUUAUUCAGACCAAGGUCAACUACAUCGUGCAGGAGGCUAUCAUUGUGAUCAAGGAUAUCUUCCGCAAGUAUCCAAACCAGUACGAGAGCAUUAUUGCUACCCUAUGCGAGAACCUGGAUACACUGGACGAGCCCGAGGCGAAGGCAUCAAUGAUUUGGAUUAUCGGUGAGUAUGCCGAGCGUAUCGACAAUGCAGACGAGCUCUUAGAGUCGUUCAUGGACUCUUUCAAUGAUGAGACUGCCCAGGUGCAGCUGCAGCUUCUGACUGCUACCGUGAAACUGUUCCUCAAGCGUCCCAAUGAGACGCAGGAAAUGGUCCAGAAGGUGCUCCACAAAGCCACGGAGGAAUCAGACAAUCCGGACUUGCGUGACCGCGGCUACGUAUACUGGCGCCUACUUUCGGCCAAUCCAGAAGCAGCCCACGCUGUUGUGCUUGCGGAGAAGCCAGUAAUCAGCGAUGAUACAUGUGCCCUUGAGCCUUCGGUUUUGGACCAGCUGAUCGGAAAGAUUUCGACGCUUGCUAGUGUCUAUCACAAGUUACCCAGCGCGUUUGUUGUGCGUUCGACAGUACCGGAGGUACACGGGCACCGCCAGGAUGGUGAUUACAGCGUCGACGGUGAGGGUGAGGGUGAAGGCUCUUCCGACCAGACAGAAGAUGGACGAAUCGGUCAGAAGGCUGGUGACCCCGUGGACCUGCUUGAUAUGGGUACUUUUACUCUUGGAGACCCUUCCUCGAUUGCGUCGGACUCUGUGUCAGCAACGUCAGCUAGUGCAAGCUUGGUCGACAUUUUUGGUGGCCCUGCUGCUCCGCCUGCUCCAGUGGGAGUCAGAGGUGAUGCAGUCCAGAAAAAGCUUUUAAUGGAUGCGCAACAAGGCAAGGGCCUGGUGAUGACGGGCGCUUUCACACGCCGCAGUAGCAACUUCGUACUUGACGUGGAUUUUAAAAACCAGUCAUCUGCGCCAAUUACGGGAGUAAGCAUCCAGCUCAACAAGAGCACGUUCGGUGUGGUGCCAAUGCAAGCAACAAUCACGUUCCCACAACCUCUGGCACCGGGACAAACCGUAAACCAAGUUGUGCCCAUGAGUGUGAGCCCGCAGUUUGUCAACGCCGCUGUGGCACCGAACCUCAAUCUGCAGGUUGCGAUCAAGAACAACUCGAGUGGCGACGUGGUAUACUUCCAGUCCGAAUUAGAUCUUUCGGCUGUUUUUACCGAGGCCGGCAGCAUGGCGUCGACCGAGUUUAUCAGCAUGUGGCAGAGUAUCGCCGAAGCGAACGAGCACUACUUUACAUUGGUAACGGGUGGAUGUGGCGUAGACGACGUGUCACGGCGUCUGGGGCACAACAACGUUUUUUUCGUAGCCAAGCGGUCCAUCGACGGAAAGACAAUUGCGUACUUCUCGGUCAAGACCAUGACGAAUAUUGUGGCACUCUUCGAGCUCACAUUCGACGACACGGGUACCACGAAGGUAUGUCUUAAACUGGAGCAGAAGGCUUUCAGUGCGCUAAUGCAACAAACGAUGGAGCGUUUGCUAGCGUAA